AUGCUUUCAGUUUGUUCAGCUGGUAAACUGAAGCUUCCUCUAAAAACUACACCAUCUGGCUCUCAUGAGCAUUUGAUCACACAACAAGAAAUUAAUGGAAAUUAUUUCUGUUUCUACAGAUUCUACUUCAUCUGUGUGUCUGCAGUGCUGAUACACAAAGUGUCUCUGCAGGUCCCAGGUGUUAUUGGUGGUUCUGUUGUCCUGCCGUGUUCUUCAACUGAACCUGAUCAAGACACUGAAGUGCAUUGGAGACAGAAUGGUAGCAAGAUUGUGUAUGAUAUAAUCAAGGGUGAAGAUUCAGUAGAGCAACAGGACCCACGAUACAAGAACAGAGCUGAAACUUUCCCUGAAGAGUAUAAGAGAGGAAACUUCUCCAUCAAACUCAACGAUCUUCAACACACUGAUGCAGGAAAAUACAUGUGUCUCAUCGCACACUCAUCUGAACAUAAGACUGUGGAGCUGAUCAUCAACGAGCCAACAACAGAAAAUGGAACUAAAUCAGCUGAUCAAGAAAAUGUGGUGACAUCGUCGUCUUUGCUCUGGGUUUACAUCAUAGGUCACAAUUGA